AUGAACGCCCCACCCUCAAAACGGCCCAAGUUGUCUAUUACUAGUAGUAGAAGCAACGAUGAUGAGGACUUUGGUUUAUCGGAGGAAGCCGCUAGGCGACAGAUUGCAGGUCUUCUCCAGAACUGCUACCGUGCUGAUGGGCACCGAAGAGUGAUGUCGCUGUUGCGUAAAUUUCCCUCACUUGCCGCCAGGAAGUACUGGUAUCAGUAUCAUGGACGAGACCAUGUCUAUCCCCUUGUGUAUCUGCUACGAUGCAGAGCACCGAUAUCGAUCGCUGCACUCAGGGAAAUGUGUCAGUUAUACCCGGCAGCCAUGACCUCUUUUGAUGCAGAUACCCUUCACAAGGCACGUUUCUUUAGUAGUGCGCCGAAUCCAGCCAUUCAGUUUGUGCUGGAAGUAUGUCCACACGUCGCCACACAAUGUUGCGUCAAGCGAUACUAUCCUAUUCAUAUGCUGCUUCAGAGGCAGCGGAUCGACCAUGUAACAAUCCGGAAACUAUUGGAUGCUUAUCCCCGAGCUAUCUUGAAGGAUCCCAACUGCAUUGCACUUGCCAUCGCCAAUGGCUACAGCAUGGCUUGUUUUGAACUGCUAGUAGAUCGAUGGGCUGCCGCAGUGUCCAGAGUCAAGAAUCGCAAAAAGGCUCAAUCGUCCCUAGUCGUGAAGAAAGGCAGCUAUUUGUGCCUAGCCAAAGCCGAACUACUUGCCGAAAAGAUUCUUCCUUGGCUCACCUCCGUGGUGUUCGCCGGCUUGGAAAGUUAUGCCCUCUUUCGGAUUCUCGAGUCGUUGAAAACGAGUCGGUCCAUCACGGAGGUCAGUUUGGGCCAUGUGAGAUUGACUGGUCCCAGGGAUACUGAAACGAAUCAGAGUCGGCGGCAACAACUGGAACAGGCAUUGGAGCGCUUGUUGGUGGAAAAUGCGACCAUUCGUCGUCUCACGCUGGAUAUGGGGCAGUUCAAUACGUCGUUCUUGGCAUUGUUCAAUACUCGUCGACAGAGUCGAAUCUGCCGCCUUGACUCUUUGGAAAUCACAUCAAAUGAAGCCGUAUCUGCGCGAAUAUUAAGUACUUGGCUGCAGGAAGCUAUUCGUCUGCCAAGACAUUUGAGGCUGCACAUUGGCUCGUUGAGUGGCCGUUGGCACGAAGAUUCACUCAACAAUCACCGAGCGGCUGCCCAGUCGGAAACUAGCGGCCUGAGAGAUUUGACAAUUGUUGUCAUGAGACCGUCCCGGGCUUUUCCUGGGUUGCUUUCCUAUCUCCAGACCCAACAGCCACUGGAACGCCUGACGCUACGACUACCUCUUUCUUCCGAGGAAUCUGACGCACUGACGGAAACGAUAGUUGUGCUACUCCGCCGGGACCGCCUGAAAAGUCUUGACUGCUGUUUUGGUCCGAUAGAUCCGGCAAGAUUUGGAAUGGCCCUGAGGGAGAACACUAGUUUGAAGGAGUUGACAAUAUCCACGGGAUCUACUUGUGAUUUGUCCUGUGCUGUCGCCGAUGCUCUCACACACCAUAACACGACUCUACAGGAGGUGGACUGCGAAGGCUCCGCAAGCGACAAAAUUGACUACUAUUCACAUCUGAAUCAGUAUGGACGAAGGGAAGCACGGAACAACGGCACUAACAGGGAAGAGUUUGUGUCGUUGCUCUGUCGUGUUACCGAAGCGAGACGACAAUCACUCCAGGGAGACGUCGUUCGAGUCACCGGGAGUGAAGAGACUGAUCUACUGUUUGGCCUCCUUCUGGAAUCACCAGUGGGGACUUGGUGUUAG